AUGGCACCAAGUUUACAGCUACUUAUUGAUUACGUGCUGAACGAAGUCGCGCUGUGCGGAAACCAAGGCGCAACUUUAUCGUUUGUUCUCCAAGCCAUCACAGCUUUCUAUCAAAGUCAAUCGCGUGAUGGAACGCAUCAACAGAACGUCGAUCGUCGUUUUCAAGCAAAGGUCUGGAGCUGGCUCACGAAGAACCCAGAGGUGUCUGUGGGCCAAAAGACUGAAUUCAACCAUCUCACGCUGGACGAGGCCGAGCAGCUUGACUCGCAAGCUCCCGAGGCCGAACCAAAUGCCGACCAAAAUCAUCAAUCGCACCUUCGAAUUUUUGUCUCAAGUGAGCGAACAUGGUUCGCUAUCACUGGACACGAACCAGACGAAAGUAAGGUAAUGCCGCUUGAACUCGUCCUGCUGUCAAUUAUCGCUUCCCGCAAGUCGGAAGGUAUUGUACAGCCAGAAUUGGUCAAGCUCAGUGGCCAGGACAAACGGUCCGUUCCUACCCGCACGGAUAAGUUACAAGCCAAGGGAUACAUCGAUAAGCGUCCGGUUCAGAUCAGAGGGUCUCGAACAAGUCUCUGCACGCUGAAACGGUUCUUGCGCUCCACUGCCAACGAAGGAAACGGACAGUCACCGGAACAAUCCCAGGCAAUGGCGAUGAUCGACUUUGACGCUUUCAACGACAAACUAUUUGAGAUUCUUCGGGAACAUCAAAUUGUUACCCGCAAUGAUCUGAAACGGCUUCUGGGAUUCGAUGACCCUUGGCGGUGGCGGAUUUUGUCUCGUGCAAUUCGCAAGUAUGAGCGAAUAGGUGUUUUGAAGCGCGUGAGAGCGAAGUCACAAUACGAAAAGCUGCACCCCUGCAUCAAGCUUCAACGGGAGCCCACAGAAACGGAUCUGAAAAUGUUCCAUGAAUUUAAACUUGAUGUCCUGGACAACAACGGGGUGAGGGAUCUCGGUGACAUAGACCAAGACGAGCUGGAUAUUGCAGGCAAACGUGAGCUUGAAGCAGACGAAGGUGCACUCAACCUGAUACGAGAGCACGUCGAAGAUGUCGGACGGAUGGUGCCGAGUUGGAAUCCAGAACGCAACACCCACAACCAGAUGUUUGACAUCAUUGAGCGAACGGGUACCUCGGGAAUGACAAACCAGGAAGUCGCCCGAGCUCUCUUCGGAAACUUCUACAGGAGACCUACAGAGAAUAUCUUGCAACGUCUGGUCGAUCUUUGGCAAAUGUCCCAACCGCUCCAUCUCCGCCAUUUUGCAAUCGUGCGAGAUAUGGCAAUGCAAAAGACCACCAUGUUCUAUGUUCAUUAUGCUGGACACAAUUUCGCAAAGCUUGUGGAAGCUGGCCAGGCGUCCUGGGAAGCGGUCGAAUUUCCAGAAAAGAAGGCUAAAUCAUUGAAAAUUGACAUUCCGCCCUUCAAUGAACCCUCUAAGAGCUUCUUAGAGAACCCAAACGCUACUCUACGUGACGGGAUCGUCAAUGCCAAUCCAUCGGAUUACUUGCUUUCUACAAGCGAUCCAUUUGUCGUUCGACUCCCUGACGGCAGAAAUGUUGUACGAACCCGUCUCGACAAGCUUCCCCCUGGGUCCAAACUACAUAUGGAUGUCCGCCCGCGGUCAAAGGGGCGCCCCAAAGGCGUUCUCAACAAAAAGACGAUAGCAAAGCUUGCUAAGAUAGCCGAGGCCAAAGGACUUGCAGCGAGAGAAUCUGAAGUUAGAGAAUCCGCAACCGAAGAGUCUCCACGCGAAGAAUCUGCAGCCAUUGAAACUUCGGCGGUUGAUCCUGCAGCCCCAGAGCCGGAACACCAAUCCACAUCCAAAAAAGCUCCUGCUCCGGAUGAUUGGAAACAUGCUAUUCCGCGGAAGAUAAGGAAAUCAGCCGCUAGGGCCAAUGAAUUCCAGGGAAUGUCGAGGAUAGAGAAGCUCAAAGCACUCGGCAUGGAUGAAAGCUGGACUGAGUACAAGGUUCAGCUCAUGGACAUGCCUGUACCUGGGGUGUACAUUACCCCCCAUGGGCGAAGAAGGCCCACUGGCAAGGCCCGAGGUCGACCUAGAAAGAGUCGAAUUGCAGUUUUUAAAUCACCAAAACUGGCCGAAUUCCCUUGGUUUGUCAAUGACGACCUUUCGGAUGAUGAAAUGCAAGAGGACAAUACCUCAGCUCGCGCGUCGGAGUCCGUUUCCAAUGAAAACACAGCUUCAAAUACUCGCUGGCCCACUUUGAACUCGCCCGCACCGUCAUCAAUACCAAACACGAAUGAUCCGGAAAGCGGAAGACCCUCAAAGCGUCCUCGUCUUGGAGACACCCAAGGCGAAAUCGAUCAGGUAUCUUUGGAAACGUCCGAAGGAACUUUGCCAGACAAUGCAGCUCGAGCGAGUACAGAGAAUAUGACUGCAGUUACUACACCACGUCAUCGAGACAAGAGUGGUGGUAGUGUACAUCCACUCGAGGAUGAGCAAAACCAAACGCCUUCAAAACGACGCCGUGUUGGAGCUUCCAACCCAAGCCCAAAUAAAGACACAGCUACAGCAUCCUCACCGGUCAAGCCAUUUGAACACUUUGCACCUCGUGGAAGUCCUGCGUAUCCCCAACAGUCGAAUACCACCAGGAAAGGCCCCCGGCAGCAUAAGAACCUCCUUAGCACAGCUGAAGCACAGCCACCCGUCGCACCCCCGAGGCCUCUAAUCGAGAGAGGCGGGUCGAUUAGUUUCCUCCGCAGAAAGGUGAUCCUGGAGCUUAUGGAAAGGGCUGGUGGCGUGUUCCCCACGGGCGCUGCGCUUUGGUAUCCAUUUGUUUCGGAAUGGAUGAAGGCGAGGCCCAAGGAGAGACCAGAUAUGCGGACCAUCAAUACUGCGGUCAAGGUACUGGUUGAUGCCGGUCAGAUUCGGCAGUUAACAUUCAGUGGCAGAGACAGAAAGGGUGUGAUGGUCACUAGAACAUUGUUGAUGAAGUCGGAGCUCUCUCCCGAGGAUGCAAGGGUCAAGAAUCUGCAGAGUAAAAUGCUAGCCACCGAUGUCCACGAACCGAGGCCGAUCUUCUCAGAGAAUGUGGUAUUGGACCCCGGAUUGACAAGAAGCGGACGUCGACAAACAGGCGAACCACCCAAACAACAGAAAUUCAGAUUUCCUUUGGAAACUAAAGCUACGGUCACUUUACAUCAAAAGCCUGCAUUUGCGAAGGCCGCAGAAGCACGAAGAGGGAGAGCAAUCCAAAAACGCCUCAUGCGGGGCUUGCAAGCCGAGGCCGACGCUUUCAUGUUGGACGAGGAGAGUGAAAGGCAGUAUGGAGUCCAGCGGCUUAUGACAAUUGCACGACCCCCUGUACUAGACAUGAAUGUCCACCCGCUCACCUCGGUCAUUCGCCCUGACAGGAAAUCGGCCCGGAAGGGAUCUAUCAGGCGCCUCGAUACUCUCAUCAACCCCAAGCAACGCAUGAGGCCAAUCUCCAAUAUCAGCCAAUAUGCCCUGUUAAUGGCACCGGUGCAGGAGUUCCAUUCAACCAGUGGCACAUUUUCCACCGGCUCGUGGCUCAUGAAAUCAAAGAAAGCAAAGCGCGGUGUCACCGCUGAGCAAUUCGUCAGCAAAUUGACUGAAUUGGCCGACCAGUCACAGAUCUCAGACACCUUCAACGCAACAGCUGAUAAGAUUAUGAAGUGGGAAAUUGACCACGAGAACGUUUUCAACUCCAAUCUUGAGGGCAUGCAAAACAUCAACCAAACUCUACAGGGUGAAUUCGAGACAGAGCCAAUCAGCGGGGAAAUUCGAUUUGAGAUAGACAUGCCUCGACCGUCGCCACUUCCAGUUCCAACGCCUAUGGAGACGCGGUCGAUCACUUCCCGUCGCCUACAGACCGAUGAUACAUUCCAGCUCAAACGAAAGAAGCGACGUAAGCCGCGUCCCAACCGCCGUUUGGCCGCACUUGAUGAAGUUGCAACACCUGAUAAAGACAGACCCGCACCUCGCCAAUUGGUUCGUCGGCAGACACGCAGUUCAAUACCCGAGCAACUGCUCCGAAACAUCAUGAUCGCCAUAACAGCCGUCCGCGUGCUUACUGGUGGAUUGGAUGCAAGGGUUGUCGAGUGGAAUCUCGUAACACGUGCUUUCCCAGAGCACGACCCAUCGGCGAUGGAACAAAAGGCACGGCGGUGUCUGAACAGAAAUCGUCUACAGAUUGCGAAGAUGCAGAGGGACUUUCAAGAACGGUAUCUUGAAGCCUAUGAGAAGGGUCUGGUUCCGACCAUUGACUACAACGAUUUGGAAAACUACGACUGGCCUGGUGUUGUAGAGUGGGCAAGCACUCACUUAGAUGUUCCUCUUUCCCAGAGCAUCCCAGAUCUUCCUGCAACACGCGAACAGUUUGACGCUGUGUUCGAGCUGCGCGAGGAACCUCUCACAGCAAGCGACGAAGUCUAUCAGUCCGUGCAUGGUUCCACCAUCAACCAUAAGCGCGCUCUUAUGGCCCGCACUCCAUUCGCUGUUCCUGUGAUUGAAAAAGAACAAGCCGGACUUACUGUACGACAGAAGGGCGUGGCACGUCUUGAGGAUGCAAAGUCCUGGGUCCGCGCAAACAUCAUCACCUCGGAGGAGACCUACAAGUCUGCCGAGGCAGCCGACGUCCUGAACCGCAUUGGCGAGCCGCUCAUCACAGAUGCCACACAGGCGCUGGUGAACGAUCGCGUCAUCACCAUGACGAACAGUGGCCGCAUCCUCCCGGGCCGCAACUACGAUAUCUCAGAUAACUUCCUGCAGACGCUCAGCCGCAAACGCGCCGUCGACAGUACCCAACUCGUUCGUGCUGCCCAAUUCAAAACCACGAUCCUGGACCCGCAGCUCCAGAACCUCGGCAUCUUCGAUGUCAAAUAUAACGCAGAAGACGGCGACAUUCUCGCCCUCAUCAACCUUGCUACGUCUGGCCGUGUCGAAUUACGGCCUUCUGGUGCACCCCGCGACAAAUUCGGUCUUACAGAUGGUGGAUAUCUCACGCGGCAAAUGGAUAAAACUCGUCUCCGUUUCCCUGUGAAGGUCCUUCCCACCGAAAGCUAUGUCUACGGAAAUCCCAUCCUCGAACAGACGACAUCUAUUCCACCUCCGCCGCCGCCGCCUGUAUCACCAUACACAGAUCUGGGACGCAGGUGUCCAAUGUGGUUCGAUAUCCACGGUGAGCUUGUCCCUCGUCUCUGGACAAUGGCUAUGGGUGCCGUCCUCGGGUGCAUGGUGCUUCGACCCGGUGUCAAUGCACGCAGCAUUUCCAACAUGAUGAAGCCAACACUGGCCCCGUGGGAAGUUAUUCUAUUGUUGCGAUGGUUGGCCGAAGUGGGUGCGGUCAAAGGAGAUGGAAAUGACGAAUGUGCCGCCUGGCGCUUGCAAGAAUGGUGGUGGAUGGUUGUGUCCUAA